AUGUCUCGCCGAAAGAUCCGCAACACCGCCGAAGAGACUUUGACACCGCCUGACUCUCUGUCUCCCGGUCAGACUAUCGCACGGGUCAUCAAGGCUCAAGGAAAAGAUCUCUAUUCUGUCAAGACACCCGAUGCCACCGAACUCCUGGUCGAACUCGAGGCCAAAUUCCGCGGCACAAUAUUUGUCAAAAGAGGCGGAUAUGUGCUGAUCGAUACUUCUGCAACCGACCGCGACAACAAAAUUCAAGGCGAGAUUGUGAAUAUCGUGGGCGAUGAGAAGACAUGGCGGAAACAGCCCUACUGGCCUGCGCAGUUUGCCCCAAAGCCUCGCCGCGUAGACAGCGACGAAGAGGAAUCGCUGGUUGGGAAGAUGCCCCCAUCAGACAGUGAAGAGGAUGACGAAUGA